CUACGUUCUUUGGAUAUCUAACACCUUAUUGCAUUGACUGAAUCCGUCAACCUAACUCGGUAUUUUGACUUCAUACUUCCACCCCUUAAACUUAUAGUUGCAUAUGAACAUAACCCCCACAUUCUUAAUACACAAACUUGCCACAUUGAGUGGAUUACAUCAACCUAGCACCAAAGCAAAAAAAAAGUGACACCUCUCUCUACUCCCUCAUGUUGAAGUGCACACCUCACACAAUUUCAAAACAGAUGGAGGCUAAAUAGGCGGCUAGUUAAACUUUGAUGACCAAAAAUACAAUGAUUAUAUCCCAGAAGAGGGGAAACGGCACCGUAUUUGAAUGAUAAAAUAAUAAUAAUAAUAAUAAUAAAAAAGGAGACUUUCCUUCCACUCCUGCAAAAACAACUCGAAAGAACUCCAUCUAACCGUCAGCGCCAAGCCGCAGACACUCAAAAAUCGCUUCAUCCCACUUUCCCUUCUCCCUCCACUCCACGGCCAUCAUGGAAGACGGUUAGUCGGAGUUUCCCGGCUCGCCUCUCAACGAUCCCUACUUGGUCGGAUUCUUCAUCGCCGACAUACUGGUCUAAUGUUCAAAAAAAAAAAAGACAUACUGGUCUCCGUUACUACGAUGGCAAAAUUUCGAUCAGAACGCUAUCAGAGUGCUUAACAUCAGGUCAAUCCAAGUGGGUCACAUCGAGAAGACGGGGACGGGGUCCGCCGUUCUUGCGUCCUUGACCGACGUUGGGUGGAUUGUCAUUGAAGGCAUCGUCGCCAGUCAGAAGGGUAACUUCAACGAGUUCAAGAUUCCCUGUCACAUCCACAUUUUCGCCAGUGUUGAGAAUUUCGAGUUGGUUAGGGCUUCGAUUGAUAGAGGUUGUGUGAUGGGAAUUGUAGUUGUAGCUCUGGGUCGGUGAUUGUGAAGGAUGCGAAAUCUUGGGCUAUGGAGUUGGAUGGAAUAUUCAAGCUGGUGGGUGAGAGAGAGAGAGAAGAAGAACAUGGGUGUAGGGAGUGUGUGAGGAAUCUCAGAGAUUCUCCUGUGGAGAAGAUUGAGUGGUGGACAGUUAUCUUGGACGACGCAGAUGUGAUCAAGAAUGGAAAGCUCAGCAAAGCGGAGCUGUGCUUAAUUUGAUGGCUUUGCAUAGAUGGGCUGUUACUGGUAGAUCUGUCCAGAAUGGUCCUUCUCAUAUGUUUUCAUUGAUGGCUUUCCUGCAGUUUGAUCGGUUCUCCACUGAAAGGUAAUGGAGAAGGCUAAUACCAAUGUCCCGUAGGUGCUGGGGCUAGGAAUCUCAAUUUAUUGUUCUUCGUCAUGGCUCGAAUUUGGAUGCCAUGAUAUACAUAGAUCAGCUGAUUCUCAUAAAGGAUUAAAUCACCAUUGUCCUUGAGCAUUCUGUCACAGUGUAGAAUAAAUUCCAGAGCAUUAAAUCUAUGAUAUACAUAGAUCAGCUGAUUCUCAUAAUGCACCAUUUAUUUAUUCUCAUAAUAGCUUGUUUUGAGAUUUUCUCCUUUUUUCAGCAGCAAUUGAACUUUCAAUCCCAAUAGCCGAGUUUGAAUUUGAAGGUCUUUAUCAUAGGCUCCAUUCGUGCUCUAGUUAUCGAACCUACUGAUUCUCUUGCUCAUGUUGGUUUCGCUUAUACAUCAGAACAAUUACUCCUAUUAUUCCAGGUGUUAGUGGCAACCACUUCAUUGCAAAGAACAAAAGAGAAAGAUUCUGGUUGGAUUGCCCCCUAAAGUGGCCUAGACUUGCUAUAUCGAGCUCUCUGGGGAAGACCGUGAAUUGUAUGAUGACAUGGAACAAAAGGGUAAACUUGUUGCACAAGGCUUCAUCGACGCACGCAGUUUGACACAGCUAUUCAGCUGUCCUUUGUUUAAUCCUUCGCUUUGCCAGAUCUGCAAUGACUCAGCUUUGUGCCACCCAGAUCUUCAAUCACUCCUUACACUAUGGAAGGUAAGCAGUAGAUAGAAUAAGUUGACUACUUUCGUCGAUUUUGCACCAAUUAUGGUCGCUCUUUUCACGCAAAUUUGAACACAUUGUCUUACUCAUUCGUCAAACAAUUGAAGAUGUAAUUUUGUUAUGAAAACAUACUAUAGCUUCAAAAUGAAGAGAGUCAUGUAGACACCCUAAAAAAUAUUGGAUGUUCUUCUAUUUCAAUUCUGUAGCAAAUAUUCCCCCCAAAAUUGAACAACCUGUAAAUAAGACUAUUAAAUCAACCCAAUCAACGACUAGAAUUGUAAGAAUAUUAAACCUGCCAAAAAAAAAAAAACACAAAAGUAAAGUGACAGGGCCCAAUAGAGAACAACUUGCAGCACUUAGACAAAUGCAUCGCAACUAACGCAGGGAUAUGAUUAAUUAUUGACUUAGUUAAUUAUUUGCAGGGAUCAACUUGCAGCACUUAGUGACAAUUUCAUCGCAAUUAACCCUGAAAUAAGAUUAAUUAUUGACUUAAUUAUAAUAAUUUGACUGCCGAGGCCAUAAAGCUGAUGAAAACUGUUCUUUUCCUCUCCUUUUCCCAGCUUCCUGUCUCAAUUAGAUCAUCGACCAUUUCCUCAAAGCUGAGAUCAGUUGGUGCUGUCAUAAGCUUCCAUCAUCAUGGCUGCCAUUGUUUCCCAUGUCCUGAGCCAGCUGGGUUCCAUAGUCACUGAAGAGCUUAAGCAACGCGGGAGGCUUGUCCUAGGCGCAGAGAAAGAUGUCAAGAAGCUCACUUCUACUUUCACCGCCAUUGAAGCUCUGCUGCUGGAUGCAGAAGAGAGACAACUGAAGAGUGAGAGCAUCCGAGACUGGUUGAAGAAGCUCAAGGAUGUGUCCUAUGAGAUCGAUGAUGUACUGGACGAGUGGAGAACCGAGAUCCUCAAGCUUCAACUUGAGGGAGACGAUGAUGUUGUUGUCGGUGGUGAUCGACAUGUUCGUUACGGCUGUUUGGAGUUGAAGCUGCUUCAGAUCUCCGAUGUUCUUAAACGAGUAUGCCCUUUUCUCCCUACUUAUUGUUUCUCCCCUGACGAAAUCGGUCUUCGUUAUGAUAUUGCCUCGAGGAUAAAAUGUUUAUAUGACCGUCUAGACGAUAUAGAUAAGGAGAAAUAUUUGCACAAUUUUACUCCCAAGGAGUCCCCUUCAUACUCGAGUUUGCAAACCAGUCCCAAUGUCGAUUUCUCUGAGGUGAAAGGCAGAGAAGAAGAGUUAAAGAUAUUGCAACACAAGUUAUUGGAUAAUGGAAGUGAUCAUCCGCGUGUGAGAAGCAUCUCAAUCCAAGGCCCUGGUGGGUUUGGGAAAACCACAUUGGCCAAAAUGCUAUACAACGAUAAUGCAGUGAAAGCUCACUUCGACAAACGGGUAUGGAUUUGUGUGUCCAAUAAUUUUGAUCAAACAACAGUUGCUAAAGCCAUACUUGAGUCUUUCAAUCAAUCUACUCUAGGAAGUACACUGUCACGCAUGUGGGAAGAGAUCAAUGCACAUACGAAGGACACGAAGUUUCUUCUAGUUCUUGAUGAUGUGUGGGAAGAUAGCCAGAGCAAGUGGGGAGAACUAAUAAGUUCUGUUUCUCAAGGAUUGCCAGGAAGCAAGAUGUUGGUGACUACACGAAAAGAGGAGGUUUCUCGAGUGUUCCGUUGUAUGGACGACGAUAUUUUGCUUAUACAAAAGAUGCCUGAGGAUGCAUGUCGGGCUAUUUUCACACAAAUUGCAUUUAGUGGAUGGAGGGCCGAGGAGAAAGAAUGUGUAGAAGAUCUCUGUCAAAGAGCAGUAGAGAAGUGUUAUGGUUCACCGCUUGCAGCAAAAGUUUUGGGAGGAGUUUUACGUUUUAAAAGAUCUAAAAGGGAUUGGAUUCAGCUUCUGAGAAGUGGAAUGUGGGAGAUGAAGGAAGGCAAAGAAGAAGUUCUUGCACCUCUAGCUUUGAGUUACUAUGAUUUGCCUCCAGUGGUUAGGCAGUGUUUUCAAUUAUGUGCUGUAUUUCCCCAAGAUUACAAAAUGAGAAAGGAUGAAUUGAUUAAGUUGUGGAUGUCACAAGGUUUUCUCAAACCGACACUAAAUCAAGAUGUUGAGGCAGUUGGUGAAGAGUAUUUUCAUAUGCUAGUUAUGCGCUCUUUCUUCCAUGAUUUGGAAAAAGAGGGGCAGUUGUGGGGCGAGGUAAAAACAUUCUGCAAGAUGCAUGAUUUGGUUCAUGAUUUUUCUCGGCUCACAUCCAAUAACGAGUGCAUCAGCUUCCUGAAGCAAGAUACAAAUAGUGCAUUACUCUCCAUCAACAAUGAUGUUCGUCAUUUGAUGAUACAAGACUCGAGUAGCGAGGAAAUCAACAAACUCAUUGCCUCCAUCAGUUGUUCAAGGCUAUCUUCAACAAAGGGUAAUGAUUAUCUGCGUAGCUUCAUUGUGAGAAGGGGAGGUGGUAUUGAACGCGAUGUAUAUCCUCAUUUGCGAGUCACAAGGUCGUUAGUCCUCUACGGUUGUGAUCUGAAAGAAAUCCCAUCGACAAUCAGCCACCUAAUUCAUUUGAGGCAUUUGGAUUUGUCCGGUAACAUCAACUUGAGGGAGUUGCCAGAAGAAAUAUGCGAGUUGUAUAAUCUAGAGACUCUGCUCCUCAUUUACAAUCGCAAUUUGAAGAUGCUUCCUAGUGGAAUGGGGAAUAAGCUAGUAAACUUAAAGCAUCUUGAAAAUUACUUGGUCUCUGCUGUGCUCCCCGAAUCAAUGACCAGGUUAGCUAAUUCCCUAAAGACUUUACACCAAUUUAAUGUAGAUCGAGACGAGGAGGAGGGAGGUACAAAUAUUGGGGAUCUAGAGUGCAUGAACCGUAUUCAGGGAUCCCUUACAAUAAAAGGGUUAGGCAAGGUAAAAAAUUGCGAGGAGGUUAAGCGUGCACAGCUCUCCAGAAAAGAAUCUCUGGCUUGUUUACGGCUGGAAUUCGGAAGCUUUGAACAAGAAGCGAGUCGGAAGGAAGAACAAGUACUUGAAGCCAUAAGUCCAUCAUCUACAAGCUUAGAACAACUAUGUGUGCGAAGCUACUCGGGAGGGAGCAUAUUCCCUAGCUGGUUAAUGUCACUCUCCAGCUUGACAUCUCUUGAAUUUAGUAGGUGCAGUCAAGUGGAGCAUCUGCCCUUUUUGGGCGCCUUGCCCUGCCUCGAAAAUCUUUACUUGAUUGACAUGGAUAAAGUGAACAAGGUUGGCCUCGAGUUCUUGUUGGGGAUGAGUACUAACAGCAAGGGUGAUAUUCCUGCAUUCCCCAAGCUUACGCGGCUUCGUUUUUCAAUGAUGAAGAACUGGAAAGUGUGGGAUUUAGAUGGUGAGGGAGGGAUGAUCAGUUCGACGACGGCGGUGGUCAUGCCCCGCCUGCGUAGCUUGGAGCUGACAUGGUGCGCGAAGCUUGACAAGGUGCCGGAUGUGCUUCUCCGGAAAACCACUCUGGAGCGGCUGGACUUAACCCAAAGUGGCGGGUUGGGGGGUUACAGGUUCGACAGUAAGGAUCCCAAAAUGGUGCCGAACGAGGUGUGGGACAAAAUCUCUCACAUCUCCACCAUCAUCCUCGAUUACACGGACAUCCGAGAGACAUUCAAGAAUGAGAUAGAAUCCAUGUCUGGAAUAGGCUGCUCUUGCAGCAAACAUGAGCAAGAAGCAUGAGACGACAAUGAUGAUGAUCACCACCAUUAAAAACAACAAUUGAAUGACUAAUGUGAUGGAGGAGAAGGCUAGCUAAUACAGCGUCCUGUAGAUGCUGAGGAUAGGAAUGGUCCGUCGCGCGACGGCUGCAGGUAGCAUUUCAUGUCAUUUCUCUUGUUCAUGCGCUCCAAUGUUGGAUGAUGCCAUUCCAGAGAUCAGCUCUGAAUGUAUCAGAAUGGAUCAUCUGUUCUUAAGAUUUCUCCCUGUGUUUCGGCAGAGAUCGAACUUUCAACUCAACCCUGUAGCCGAAGUUCAAGAUCCACAACAAGGCUUCAUUCAUGGUGUUGGUUUCAAUCGUUUACAACAACAACAACAAGAGUUUGCAAACAGAACCUCUGCCCCGAGGAGGAACUUCGCCUUUUGUGCAUGUAUUGCGAUUAAACUGAUGAAUGCAAGCCUGCGUGCAUGUUUUGAGAACAGGAAUCAUCAUCGGUUCAAUUUGGUAGCGGCAGUCCUUAAUGUACUGGGUUUGAUGUGCUUGUGAUUGGAAGUUAUUUAUUUAUUUAUUAUUAGAUUAUCUGUAUGUGCCAAAAUGUGAACAAGGUAUUAGACUAAUUUGAUGGCUUUGUCUAGAUGGGCUGUUACUUGCACCUGUCCAGAAUGGCUCCUUAUCAUCUGUUUUCAUUGAUGGCUUCCUGCGGUUUAAUCCGUUCUCGGCUAAAAGCUACAUGAGAAGGCUAAUACCAACCUUCUGUAGAAGCUGGGAACAGGAAUGGCGGCCUGUCACAACUGCAGGUAACAUUACAAUUCAUUGAUUUGUUCAUGUGCUCGAAAUUUGGAUGCCAUUGCAGUGAUCCAAGCUGAAUCUUAGAAUGGAUUGGGAUACUAGGCUUGCCAUGGAGAAAGAUAUUAACAUUGUCCUUAAGCAUUCUGUAAUAUUGUAAAUAAAUUUCGGAUCAUCAGCUGUUGUUAAGAUUUCUCCAUUUGUUUCAGUAGAGAUUGAAGUUUCACCACAACCCUAUAGCAUAGUUGUAGUUGAAGAUCCAGAACAAAUGUUGGUUCAUGCUCUAGGUAUUGAACCUACUGAUUCUCUUGCUCAUGUUUUUUUUUUUUUUUUAUCCAAGAUAAGCCCCCAUGGCAUGGCCGAACAACAAAUAUAUAUGACCGACAAUACUAAAGAACGGUAGCCCGUAUUAUUCCAGGUGUUAAUGGCAACCUCUUUGUUUCGAAGAACCAAAGAGAAGACUUGAGUUGGUUGCCUCCUUAAGUGCUGGAGAAAAGGCUAAACUUGUUGUUCAAGGCUUCAUCGACGACAUACAACUAUUCAGCCGUGCUUUGCUGUUACCAUAGUUGUUUGUUUGUUUUGUUGGCUUUGCAUAGAUGGGCUGUUGCUGGUAACCUGUCCAUAAUGCUCCUUUAAUGCUCCUUCAAAUAUGUUUUCAUUGAUGGCCUUCCUGCACUUUGAUCCGUUCUUUACUAAAAGCUACUGGAGAAGAGUAAUACCAACGUCCUGUAGAUGCUGGGGACAGGAAUUGGCUGUCACUCACUGCAGGUAACAUCUCAUUCCAUUGCUUUGUUCAUGUACUCCAAUUUUGGAUGCCAGAACAUAGAGAUAAGCUGAUUCUCAUAGUGGAUUAAAUCACCAUUGCCCUCAAAACACAGACAGCCAUUCCCUCAGUUCAGCAGAUUGUUUUCUUACAGCCAGGAUCAAGGCACUAAGCCUCUUGUUAUUAUAGUGAGUAAUCAUUUCUAUUUAUAUUGAUCUCUUUUUAUUAUAGUGAGUAAUCGUUUCUGUUUAUAUCGAUCUCUUGUUAUUAUAGUAAGUAAUCUUUUAGUCCCAGCUAGGAUAAACGCAUUAAGCUUCUAUUUCAAUUCUGUAGCAAAUAUUCCCCCAACACUAUUGCAGUAACCAAACCACCCAAUCAAUAACCUGUAAAUAAGAAUAUUAAACCAACCCAAUAAGGCAAUAACGACUUG